GCCGCGUGUGGUUCUAAGCUGCGGAAAGUUCGGAGCCCUUCUACGGACACGUCUGGUUUUGUCCGAAUUUCGUACUGUAAACGUUGCCGGAUUGCAAUUUGCGUCAUCUAAAUGAGUGCUCCAGUCAAAUUAAAAAUAUCUCCUGAGGGAUAAUUGCUUGUAGUGACUGACUAUAGUGGUUAUAGACCCAUCUUUGAACCACAGAGAGGCGUUUUAAAGCCCAUCCAAGGACAUAUCAAUAAUGUUCCCAAUCCCAUCCAAGAACCGCUAAAGAAAACUUUACCACCAGGGAAAACGGAGUUUUUAUCAAGGCAAAUACCACCAGAACCACAGCCUUUGAACAUUGAAAAUAAUCCAAAACUCAUUUCACACACACCCAAAAAGCAAGAAUCGCUUUUGAAACCUCGACUGGUAGUCGACUACUCAAAAUACUUUCUCUAUGAUCCACAGGGAAACCUUUUAAAGCCCAUCCAUGAACAUUGAAAAUAAUUCAAAACACAUUUCACAAACACCCAAAAAGCAAGAUUCGCUUUUGAACUCUCGACCGGUAGUCGACUACUCAAAAUGCGUUCUCUAUGAUCCACAGAGAAACCUUUUAAAGCCCAUCCAUGAACGUAUGAAUAAUGUUCCUAAUCCCAUCCAAGAACUACCAGGGAAAACGGAGUCUUUAUCAAGCCAAAAACCACCAGAACCACAGCCUAUGAACGCUGUACAUAAUCCAAAACACAUUUCACAAACACCCAAAAACCAAGAAUCGUUUUUUAACUCUCGACCGGUAGUCGACUUGUCAAAAUGCUUUCUCUAUGAUCCACAGACAAAACUUUUAAAGCCCAUCCUUGAACGUAUGAAUAAUGUUCCUAAUCCUAUCCAAGAACCACCAAGGAAAACAGAGUCUUUAUCAAGCCAAAAACCACCAGAACCACAGUCUAUAAACAUUGAAAAUAAUCCAAAACGCAUUUCACAAACACCCAAAAAGCAAGAAUCGCUUUUGAACUCUCGACCGGUAGUCGACUUGUCAAAAUGCUUUCUCUAUGAUCCACAGACAAAACUUUUAAAGCCCAUCCUUGAACGUAUGAAUAAUGUUCCUAAUCCUAUCCAAGAACCACCAGGGGAAACAGAGUCUUUAUCAAGCCAAAAACCACCAGAACCACAGUCUAUAAACAUUGAAAAUAAUCCAAAACGCAUUUCACAAACACCCAAAAAGCAAGAAUCGCUUUUGAACUCUCGACCGGUAGUCGACUUGUCAAAAUGCUUUCUCUAUGAUCCACAGACAAAACUUUUAAAGCCCAUCCUUGAACGUAUGAAUAAUGUUCCUAAUCCUAUCCAAGAACCACCAGGGAAAACAGAGUCUUUAUCAAGCCAAAAACCACCAGAACCACAGCCUAUAAACGCUGUACAUAAUCCAAAACACAUUUCACAAACAACCAAAAAGCAAGAAUCGCAUUUGAAACCUCGACCAGUAGUCGACUACUCAAAAUGCUGUCUCUAUGAUCCACAGAGAAGCCUUUUAAAGCCCAUCCAUGAACGUAUGAAUAAUGUUGCUAAACCCAUCCAAGAACCGGCAAAGAAAACUUCACCACCAAGGAAAACAGAGCCUUUGUCAAUCCAAAUACCAUUAGAAUCAACUUCUCCACCGAGGAAAAUAGAAAAAAAACAGCCGACACAAUAUCCACCACUUAAAAGCAUCGGUGAGCUAUUGACCUCCGGGGCUGUGACUUCAAUUCAGCCCAUGAACGCUGCACAUUAUCCGAAACACAUUUCACACACACCCAAAAAGCAAGAAUCGCUUUCACAACUUCGACCUGGAGUCGACUACUCAAAAUGCUUUCUAUUUGAUCCACAGAGAAACCUUUUAAAGCCCACCCACGAACGUAUGAAUAAUGUUCCUAAUCCCAUCCAAGAACGGCCAAAGAAAACUUCACCACCUGGAAAAACGGAGUCUUUAUCAAGCCAAUAGCAUUAGAACCACAGCCUAUGAACAUUGAACAUAAUUCAAAACACAUUUCACACACACCUCCGCCGGAAGUCGACUACUCAAAAAUCAUGACUCUCGAGGAAAUCGAAGAGGAACUUCGAAAUCCAGUCCAGGAUGAAUUAAUUAUGUCGACGCCGAUCGGUGAGGAUACUCUGGCCCUCGUCGCGGCCAGUUGCACCUUUCCGAUUCCCCGUUCGAUUUGGAAUUUGCAUAUCCUGCGAACCGAAAGUGCGGUUGCGAGCGGAAAAGAGGAGGACCUUCGCAGGAGGAGCAGAGGAGGAUUCUUUGCCGCAGAUCCGCUGAAGCGGGAGGAAGGCCGCCACGUUGGAAGGAAAACGGCUUUUCACGGCAGUUAAUAAAUUUUUAACUGGUUCAACAAUUGCCCGCGAAUUCCGCCAUUUAAUGACGAGAAACGCGGCGGUGAGUGGCGAUGAACCCGACGAGGAGCAGACCGCAACAGUUGGAGCGGAGGGCUACGAUCAGGAUGAGAAUCAGGAUGCGAAUCAGGCGGUUCAGGAUACGGAGCAGCCGGUAGACGGUGGCCAUGGCCACGCCCACAGCAGCGAGCAGCAACCGACACAAUCGACACAGCAGCGCCGUCAAAGGUCUCGGAAAAAGGAUAAGCAACCACAACGAAGUGCUGCCAUUUCCCAUCCGGAACAGACUGAUACGGAUGUGGAUACGGAUUCCAGCUCCUGCUGUGGCAUCAAAGUGGGCGAGCGGCAGAGGAGCAUGCGGGAGGAGGAAAUGGGGGACUUCGACUACAACGAAGAGGAGGAUGAUGAAGGAGAGGAUGAGGACGAGGACGAGGAGUCCUACGACAACUACGAACAGUCUUCGAAGCCAGGAGGAAAUCGUCCGCCUCCUCCACGGACGUCGUCUAAUGUACGCAGCAGACGCAAGACGAAAACCCGUCAAAUAUCCUAUGCCUCCUCGGAUUUAGGAAUGGGAUUGGGAAUCGGCGAAGGUCCAAACCUGAUGGAAGGCGAUUCCCUGGACAAACGCCGCAUCAUCUCCAAGGGACAAAUGCGGGAAUUUCGAGAGGCCUUUCGGCUCUUCGACAAGGAUGGCGAUGGCUGCAUCACCAAAGAGGAGCUGGGCACUGUGAUGAGAUCGCUGGGACAAUUUGCCAGAGUGGAGGAGCUGCAGGAGAUGCUGCAGGAGAUCGACGUGGAUGGCGAUGGCAAUGUCAGUUUUGAGGAGUUUGUUGAUAUCCUGUCGAACAUGACGUAUGAGGACAAGUCGGGGCUAUCGUCUGCCGAUCAGGAGGAGCGGGAAUUACGCGACGCCUUUCGCGUUUUCGACAAGCACAAUCGGGGAUAUAUCACGGCCUCCGAUUUGCGAGCGGUGCUGCAGUGCCUGGGCGAAGAUCUCGACGAGGAGGACAUUGAGGACAUGAUCAAGGAGGUGGAUGUGGAUGGCGAUGGACGCAUCGACUUCUACGAGUUUGUUCACGCUUUGGGGGAACCGGAGGAUUCGCAGGAAAACGACGACGAGGAGGAGAACACCACAUCGCCGCUGCCCACACCCAAAUCAGCCAUAUCUCUCAGUUACGAUUAAUCGAUUAUCAAAUCACCGAUAACAUCGAUCCUCUACAGACAAAUACUCAAAAUAACAAAAUAAAUCAAAUUGAUACUCGAGCCGUGUUUGUCAAACUGCAAUAAAAUGAACCCUUAACAAUGUUCAUCAAUAAUCGAACGCCAAAGGCUCGGCAGGUAUCGCAUAUUAUAGUACUUAUCGACUUGAGAGGUUAAAGAAGUAAAAGUAACAUAUUUUUUUUCGACUACUUAGCCAUUUUUAAUCGAUAGAACAUCAUUAGCCAAACAAUUUAAAUAUUAACUCAUAAUAAUUAUUACAUUUAAAUUGACAAAACGCACAGCUACUCGAAUAAAACUUAUAUUAAUAUAUAUAUAUAUAGCCUAUUUAAAUAUCGGAUAUCAAAAACUUCACCGAUAAACGAUUAACUUAUCAUCGAUAUGUAAAGGAAACUUACUCCAAUUUUGGAAUUGCAUUCUCUUUACCUUUCCAUUUAAGUCCAAUUGGAAAUCAAAACUACUUUUAGCUCUUAUUGUAAUCGAUAAUCGAAAAGCGAUAAAGAUAACCUUAAACAUGUACUUUUACCACGGGUUUAUCCAACUGAGUAGCAUAAAUCCAAAUAUUUCAAAACAUAUCAUUAAAGACGCCUCUGUAAAUGUGUUUUGUAAGCCCACUAAAUAUCCAUUCUUAUAAAUAUAUGCCCGUGAAUCCCUUUAGAUCUUCCAAUGCCUUGUUAAUUCCCCAAUAUUCUCUUCCAAUUUUUGACUAGCAUCAUGUAAUAUGAACAAAUUGAUUUAAUUAGGAAAUAUUUGCUAAAUUAUUGCUGCUGCCACAGAGCAAGGUAAAAAUAACAAAACUAAUGCUCGCAAAUACGAAAAUUAUUUAAUUAUUGAACAAACAAUUUAAUGUAAUUUAUUAUUAAAAAUUUUAAUCCAAAAGUAAAAUCAAAAUUCAUUUA